UUGGUCGUUCGUUGGAGGUAGAUCUUCUGUUCCUGUCGCCGGUCGCGGCUCCCGUUUGCGCGCUCACAGCGGCGCGGCGGUCCCAGCACGGGCCUCAGACUCCGGCUUUGGGCGAAAGAAAAUGGCCCGAACCAAGCAGACCGCUAGGAAGUCGACCGGGGGGAAAGCGCCCCGCAAGCAGCUGGCCACCAAGGCGGCCCGGAAAAGCGCGCCCUCUACCGGCGGGGUGAAGAAGCCGCACCGCUACAGGCCCGGGACCGUGGCUCUGCGAGAGAUCCGUCGCUACCAGAAGUCGACUGAGCUGCUCAUCCGGAAGCUGCCUUUCCAGAGGUUGGUGAGGGAGAUCGCCCAGGACUUCAAGACGGACCUGAGGUUUCAGAGUGCAGCCAUCGGUGCCCUUCAGGAGGCCAGUGAAGCGUACCUGGUGGGGUUGUUUGAAGAUACCAACCUGUGUGCCAUCCACGCCAAGAGAGUCACCAUCAUGCCCAAAGACAUCCAGUUGGCUCGCCGGAUACGGGGGGGGGGGAGAGAGCUUAAGUCGAGGCGGUUUUUAUGGCAUUUUGUAGUAAAUUCUGUAAAAUACUUUGGUUUAAUUUGUGACUUUUUUUGUAAGAAAUUGUUUAUAAUAUGUUGCAUUUGUACUUAAGUCAUUCCAUCUUUCACUCAGGAUGAAUGGGGAGAGUGACUGUUCACAGACCUCAGUGCUGUGGGCGCUGUGGCUCAGGAGUGACAAGUUGCCGGUGUGCAGAAGGGAUGGGUGAUAGUACUUGCUUCUCAUGAUGCAUGUUUCUGUAUGUUAAUGACUUGUUGGGUAGCUAUUAAGGUACUAGAAUUGAUAAAUGUACAGGGUCCUUUUGCAAUAAAACUGGUUAUGACUUG